CCUCCUAACGCCUCACGACACACAACGUGGCAGACGGCGGACCAGAUGCCACGGACGACGUAUCCUUCCUGUGCAUAAUCUGCGCCGUCUUUUGUUGAACUCUGGAGCUGUGCAUCUCACCCGGCGGGACGCGUCGAACAGUCACGCUUGGCUGGAUUAGUGCGAACACAUCGGCAAUGACCCCGCGAGCAUAACGAAACGACGUCCACGACCGCCACGCGACCUUAUCCAUACAGCUUCGACUACGCGCUUGGUGCGCCCCAGAGGUUCGAGAUGUCUUCGUCAAACGAUGCGGCAUUCUUGGAAGAGGAAGAGAUAGCGCGAGAGUUUCGAGCACGGUUGCGCGCGCGACAAGAGGCUGCGAGAGCCAACAAAGCACAACGUGUGCGCGAGCACCCGAACAAGGUCGACAGGCGCUCGCGCACUGUGGAUGGCGGCGAAGACACACCGUUGCUUGGUCGCACCGGCUCGACUGGAAGCGCAGAUAGCCAGAGCGAUGGUAGUGAACCAGAGUGGUUUGGAUAUGCCGAACUGAGAGGGCUUCCCUGGUGGAAGAGACCAUCGAUUUACUGGCUCCUGCCUCCUUUCCUGCUCUUCACCAUGGCAUUCGGCGCUAUCAUCGUACCCAAGCUGAACUUGAUCAUGGACCUCGUAUGCGACCAAUACUACGCCUCGUCCCCGGAUCCGAUCAGUGGGCCCAUGGACCCAGGACAGCGGUUUGACCGAUGCCAGACGGACGCAGUCUCUUCGCGCUCGUCCCUGUUCUUGCUUUACGGCAAUUUGUGCUCUGGCAUCCUGGCAGCUAUCACCAGCCCAAAGCUCGGCGCUCUCUCCGACCGUUACGGCCGCAAGAGACUGUUAGUCUGCACCACGUUUGGCGCCCUCAUGGGAGAGGUCCUGACCAUUCUCGCUGCUAAGUACCCCGACACCGUGCACGUGAACUGGAUACUCGUUGGAUACGCACUAGACGGAUUAGCAGGCUCAUUCAUAGUCGGCAUGGCCCUCGCCCAUUCGUACGCCGCGGAUUGCACCUCACCGCAGAGGAGGAACGUUGCUUUUGGCUACUUCCACGCUUGUCUGUUCACUGGUAUCGCAGUAGGCCCUGUUCUCUCCGGCUACAUUAUUGAUUGGCGCCAAAAGUACGUCGGGAAAACGGAAGCAGUGCUUCUGAUUUUCUACAUUGCGCUCGCCUGUCACGGCUUCUUCAUUCUCUUCCUCACCUUUGCUGUCCCCGAGUCGCUGUCAAAGGAACGGCAAGAAACAGCGCGCCGCCGCCACCGCGACGAGAAAGAACGACACGGUGGUCUCGCCCCCGACUGGAUCGACCAGCUACGAUCAUUCAACCUUUUGGAGCCUCUUAAGAUCCUAUGGCCGACUGGCCCCGGAACGAGUCCUGCUCUCCGACGGAACCUUAUUCUGCUCGCAGCCACAGACACGAUCAUGUUCGGCAUUGCCAUGGGUGCCAUGGGUGUCGUAGUCGUCUACACGCGCAGGCAAUUUGGCUGGCAAGAGCUCGAGUCUGGAAAGUUUGUUAGCAUAGUGAACAGUGCGCGGGUAUUUGCGCUGCUUGUGGCACUCCCCGUUGUAACUCGUCUGAUACGCGGUAAAAAUGGCACCAGGAACCAACGCAAUUCUGGGUCAGACGUCUUCGACUUGUCCAUCAUUCGCCUAGCCGUCUUCUUUGACAUGCUUGGGUACCUCGGAUACACGCUUUCCAGGGACGGCAAUGUGUUCAUAUUGUCUGGUGCUGUAGCCGCGCUAGGCGGCAUCGGAAGUCCAGCCAUCGGAUCUGCGCUCACCAAGCACGUUCCUCCGGAUCGUGUGGGGCAGUUGCUGGGUGCUACGGGUCUGCUCCACGCAUUCGCAAGAGUGCUGGGGCCCACCAUCUUCAACGGUAUCUACAGCGCAACAGUGGGCAGCUUCAGGCAGACAGUGUUCGUGUGCCUGACGGCUACAUUCGGGUCUGCAUUCGUCUUGAGCUGGUUCGUUAGACCGUAUGUUCACCUGGAACUUGAAGCCGAUGGUUCGCCCUCCCGACACGGAGGCACCAUGAACGGACACGAAGAUGAGACCAGCGCGUAGUAUACGUUUCAUCAUUUCACCCGCCCUAAGAUCGUUCAUAGCAUCAUCAUGUACCAUUAGGUGUUCUCCAUUGGCGUUCACGCUGGAUCACUUGCGACUUUGUAACCGCAUUAAUUUGGCUGCCCGAGUGGCUUAUAUCUCUUACUCUUCAAGUCG